AUGCACUGCAUGCGUAAGACCGCCGCGACUCAGGACGCGAGCUCAGGCACCCUUUUUUCGAACAGGGCGUUCACCCUCGAGCCGCGUGGUGUCCUCGAUGCAAGGCCUGGAGAAUUCUGGGAUCAAGAAACGGACCCGCAAGCCUCGUGGGAAGGGAUUGAGAACGGCGACUGGCUGUCUGACCGAGCACAACAUGUGUCUCCAGCACACGUACAUGCCGGCCUUGAGGAGCCUGGCAAUGAGUCAACCACCACUGGACUUGAAGAACUCGGAGGACAUGUGAGCUUUGACGACGCCAGCCACAUCCCAAAUGUCUACAACACCCCAGACACCAUAAUCUCUGAGUUCCUCACUACCAAUCUUGCAUCAACACGAUGGCUCGACUUAUUGGCGACGGACGCCGCCCAGGCAGAUAAAGGCUUUUCUUUGCCACCAACAAGGCAUCCAACUCCAAUACCAGGCGAUCUCAACUUUGAAUACAGUGCUGCCCACCUAGACCUGCGGGAAUCAAACGCAACUGUGUCACAGGUCCAGGUCCAGGCACCGGCACAGACAGGGCUAAUUGAAUCGAGAAGUAUCGAGCUUACGAGACUGACCCAGGUCGUCCAAGAUGGGGUUGCAAGUAUCGCGAAUGAACGACACGCAUGGCAGCUCGAGUUGAAUAUAUGUCUCCAAGACCACGAAGCCGAGCUGUUUCGCAUGUUCACUGAGCGUGCUGCACAGUGGCUGGAUCUGUUCGACCCUUUAAAGCAUUUUUCCACGCACGCGACGAGGCUGGCAUUACGCAAUCUGGGCCUCAUGAAAGCCAUCCUAGCCCUGACAUCCCGUCACGCCAUAGCUCGGACCGCCCAAGCAACGACAUCCCCAGGCAACAUGCAGCUAGAAGCCAACAUCCCGAUUCAAUACUACUACGAAGCCCUUCACUAUAUUCAACAAGCCCUCCAGUACACCUCCUACACCCGUUCCGAGGAGCUUCUAGCUACCGUGAUAAUAAUAUCUACCUACGAAAUGCUCGAUGAUUCUAACAGUAAUUGGAAGCGCCACCUCAAGGGCGUCUUUUGGAUCCAGCGCUCGCAGGAUGUCAACGGCGCCUCCGGAGGCCUAAGGCAGGCCGUCUGGUGGGCGUGGUUGAGACAGGAUAUGUGGGCUGCAUUUAGAGAGCGGAGGGCUUGUUUCAGUUUCUGGAAGCCUCUCAAAGACGUGGAAGAGUUGGGACAGGACGAGCUGGCCGAUAGGGUGGUCUAUUUGUUGUCUCAGGCAGUGAACUACUGUGCGCAUUCUACGUCGGCGUCGAUGACCGUGACUGACAAGAUUCACUUGGGUGAGGCGCUGCUAGCCGCGCUGGAACGGUGGAAGAGCUUCCUUGGUCCCGAAUACUGCCCACUUCCCAGCCGACCCGCUCGCGCUGGAUCUGUCUUCAAGCCAAUCUGGAUCCACCCACCACCAUUCGCGGUGGCCAUGCAGGUUUAUCACUUCGCCCGGAUUCUCGUCACGCUGCACCUCCCAGCCGUUGGUGCCGCUGGGUUUCAAGGUUACCUGAAGACGCAACGGGUACUGUCAGAGGCAGUGGAUGGAAUAUGUGGUAUUGCAUUGGAGCUGAGGGACGAGGGCUGCCAGAUCCUCUCGGCGCAGUGUCUCUUCGGGGCUGGACUCUGCACACAGGAUGAGGGAAAGAGGGAGGUUAUCCUGGACCUGAUUGGGCAUUGUGAAGGGCGGACUGGGUGGCCUAUGGCCGGUUUAAUUGAGGACUUGAGGGGGGAGUGGGCAAAGGUGGGCUGA